GAUUUUGGUAGAGGUUCAAGUGUUCAACGAUUUCUUCUAAUCCUCAUCUUCAACAAUUGUUUACGAUCUUUCAAGCCAUGAAUUUUACUCAACGUCAUGAAAUCGUCAAUUGAUCAAGUUAUGGAUGAUUUGGAUAUGCAUGACAUCGAAAACAAUCAUCUUGAUGAAGAAAAUCAUCAGUUCGGUUAUACUAAUUCAGAGUUUCUUCAUAACGAGGAAAAUCAAUCGGAAACCCAAGAUAUGAAUGACAUCGGAAAUGAUCAUUACGAUGAAGAAAAUCAUCAAUUCAGAUAUGGUGAUUCAGAGAUUCUGGAUAAUGAUGGAAAUCAAUUGGAAAUCCAAGUUCAAAGUGACAAUGUUGCAGCACAAUAUGGCUCUUGCAAACAAUUCAUUGAAGAUGAUGGUUCUUUAUUUUGGAUUCCAGAGGUUGAACCUGGUUGGAUACCUACUUUGGGUUCAAUUUUUAAAGAUAUCAAAGAUGCUAUUAAGUGAUGUGACAAGAAGCAGUUAAAUGCUCUCUUUUGGGCUGAUGACACUUCAAAACAAAACUUUGAGUUAUUUGGGGACGUUGUUUCGUUUGACGCAACAUAUCGUACAAACAGGUAUUGUAUGGUAUUUGUACCUUUUACUGGCAUUGAUAAUCACAAAAGGUGCGUCACUUUUGGAGCUGGUUUGUUGUGUAGAGAAGAUACAAAUUCCUAUAUUUGGUUACUUCGGUCAUUCUUGAAGUGUUUUGGAAAAGCACCAAUCAUGGUCGUGACCGAUCAAGAUCUAGCAAUGAAAAAAGCUAUUGAGAUAGUAUUUCCAUACACAAAACAUAGAUUUUGUAUGUGGCAUAUCACAAGUAAACUUCCAUUGAAGGUAAGCUGGGAAACAAUGAAUGAAUCAGAUUUUAAGGCGGACUUCAAUAGUAUAGUAUGGGACUCCAAAAUUGAUGUCAAUGAUUUUGAAAUGAGAUGGGAUGCAUUAAUGGUAAAAUAUAAGUUGCAAGACAAUAAAUGGAUGAAAGAUAUGUUUGAUUUGAGAAGCAGUUGGAUUCCAGCCUAUUUUAAAGAUGUACCAUGUCAGUCUGUUAUGGAAAGGCAAAGGAAUAAUCAGAUCAAAUUUGAUUUUGAUACAUCUACUAUAAUUCCAAUCAUCAAAACACCUCUUGAAGAUAUGGAGAAACAUGCAUCUAUGGUAUACACCAGGACUAUUUUUCUCAUGGUGCAGAGGGAGAUUCUUCAUUCACUUGUUUCUUGUUCACAGAAGAGUGUUACAUCAGGCGUUGUUUCUGACAUAUGCAUUGUCAAACAUAAAAGGACAAAUAUAUCAAAGAAGAAGGUAGUAGUUGAGAAAAAAGAAAAAGUUGACAUCGAUUCUGAAUGGAAUUUUAACACAAGUGAAGGUGAUUUUGAGGUUGAAUUCAACAGAGAAGAUCUAACGGUGAAAUGUUCAUGCAUGCUUUUUGAGCGGUUUGGAAUUUUUUGUAGACACAUCUUCUGUAUUCUAAAGAUUUAUGACAUACAAGAGAUUUCAUCAAGAUACAUUCUUAAGAUAUGGAGAAGAGAUAUUAUCCCCACCACAGUUUUGAAAAGGACGUUUAGAUAUAGUGAUUCGUUUGGAAAUGUUGAGAAGGUUGCAUACAAAGCUUUUUCCAUGCUUGAUCAAUGCCUGUCUUCAUUAAGUAAUGAUGACAAGAAGUUAGAAGAGUUCAUGCAGAAGCUUGAAGUUUUUAUGACUGAUAUUGGUGAACAAGGUUCAGACAAAUUACCGGUUACAAAAGAAGAUCAUAUUAAUAAACUUUACGGAGCUACUACGAAUCCUGAAGUUGUUGAUGUUGAAAAUCCACCUAUGGUGAAGAAUAAAGGUUCUGGUACAGGAAAACAUUUAAAAAGUGCUUUGGAGAAGGCUACUAUUCAAGGUAACAAGCAAUCAAGAUCAUGCAAAACAUGUGGGUUAAAGGGCAUAAUUCAAGGAAAUGUUUGACAUUGUUGAAUAACUCCAAGGUACAAAGUGCAUAGUGUGUCUAGAAAUAUAUUUCGAUUUUUUUUGUAUUUCAAUAAAGUUCAAUAAUAC